GGUCAGGUUCAACUGCUUAUACUGUAGAUGAUCAGCCUGGUUCUUUUUGGUCAGAAUAUUUGCCAUUAAGCACAAACAAAUGGUAAUAUGCUGUCAUAUGUUCGUCACAGAUUUACAUAGAUGAAAAAGACAAGGAUGUAAAGACAAGAUAAACAUGUAAAAGAUCAGUUUAAUAGCUCUGUCAUGUCAGAUGAAUUCUGAUCAAGGUGAAAUGUUCGAAUGUUAUGCAAUGUAUUUCAUAUUCAUUGGUUCGUAUUCAUUUUUCCUUGCAGACGUCUCUACGAAACAAGACUGAGCUCUGUUCCGGAAGACGCAUUUGCCAGCAUGGUGAACAUCUCAUUAAUUUAUCUUUCAGUGGACGUCACGUUAAGACGUUUAGAAAAGCAUUCAUUUUUCAACCUGAAGAAGAUCACACAUAUAGAAAUAAGAAACACCAGAAGUUUGACGACCAUUGAUCCUGAAGCUUUCAAGGAUCUACCCGAGUUAUAUUACUUAGGUUUGUUCAAUACAGGUCUCACCAUCUUUCCUGCACUAACCAGGAUCCAUUCUGGUGGAUCAUCUUUCAUGCUAGAAAUUUCCGAUAAUCUGUACGUCACUGAAAUUCCUGCAAACGCAUUCCAAGGCAUCACCGAAAAUGCGCUAACGGUGAUGUUAUACAGUAAUGGCUUUACCAAAAUCCAGCACCAUGCCUUCAAUGGAACAAAACUAAAUGCAAUAUAUCUUAACCGAAACAAAGACCUCACAAAACUGAGUGAAGACAUGUUUGCGGGAACCAUUAGCGGUCCGGAGCUGCUUGAUGUUUCAGACUCAGGAGUGUCCUCCCUUCCAGCAAGAGGACUGGAGUCACUUCGGGAACUCAGAGCUCGGAACGUCUGGGACCUUAAAAAGCUUCCACCGAUCAAAACCUUCAGACAUCUGAUUGGUGCUGAUAUGACAUAUCCUAGUCACUGCUGCGCAUUCAAGAACCUUAAGAAAAAGAAAGGGUACCUGGAUUACAUCAUUUGUAACCUGACUGCAAUGCAUUCCAAGCGCUAUAAAAGAUCACUAGGCGUGUAUUCAAUUCCAGCCUCCAUUGGUAGCAAAGACAAACGCAUUGCCAUGAGUGAUCCCCUUCUUAAAAACCCAUUUGACCACCAUGACUUUCAACAUUAUCAUGACUUUGGGAAUGCUGAACAUGAUAUGGGAUCUGGGGACAUGCUAAAGAAUCCCCAGCUAGCCCCCAGCGUGUACUUUGAUAAUCAUUAUGACUAUUUAGUAUGUGAGGAUGGAGAGGAUGUGACAUGCUCCCCAGCUCCUGAUGACUUCAAUCCCUGUGAGGACAUCAUGGGUUUCAGCGUCUUGAGGGUGUCUGUUUGGUUUGUCAGUUUGUUGGCUGUACUGGGAAAUUUGUUCGUGCUUUUUGUGCUCCUCACCAGUCGUUACAAACUCUCUGUCUCACGGUUCCUUAUGUGCCACCUGGCCUUUGCUGACUUGUGUAUGGGCGUCUAUCUGCUUCUCAUCGCCUCUGUGGAUCUUUACACGCAAUCGGAAUACUACAAUCAUGCCAUAGACUGGCAGACGGGACCAUGGUGUAGCCUUGCUGGAUUUAUCUCCAUCUUUGCAAGCGAGUUGUCCGUUUACACCUUGACCACUAUCACGUUGGAGCGCUGGCAUGCCAUCAAUUUUGCAAUGGAACUACAUCGGAAGCUGCGUUUGUCCCAUGCCUCUGCUGUCAUGCUUGGGGGUUGGUUUUUCUGCCUUCUGCUUGCCCUUAUGCCUGUGUUGGGGGUAAGCAGUUACCAAAAGGUCAGCAUAUGCUUACCUAUGAGCACUCAGAACCUGGUGGACCAGGUUUACAUUUUAUUUAUGUUAGUCAUCAACAUCGUGGCCUUCCUCGUCAUCUGUACCUGCUACAUAAAAAUAUACUGUGCAGUGCGCAAUCCGAUGUACACCUCAGCCAGCAAAGAUGGCAGCAUUGCCAAGCGGAUGGCAAUACUCAUUUUCACUGACUUUCUCUGCAUCUCGCCAAUCUCCUUCUACGCCAUAUCAGCUGCACUGGAUCACCCACUCAUAACCAUUUCGAACUCCAAGAUCCUGCUGGUUCUCUUCUACCCGCUCAACUCCUGUGCCAAUCCUUUUCUCUAUGCCAUAUUCACCAAGGCAUUUCAGGGCGACAUAUUUAUCUUGCUCAGCAAAAUUGGUCUGUGUGAGCAAAAGGCCCAACUGUUCCGAGGCCAAACCAUGUCUACAAAAGCAAGCAGCGAAGACAGAAACAGGCGUGGAGUAAAAGCAAAAAUCCUACGCUGGUGGAACAUUCAGGUUGCUGCUACCGUUAACAAUCCGGUAUCAACAAGGACACAAACACAUGAAGAGGCAGGAAAUGUGAACCUUCUGACAGUACAUUUAAACACAUUUAAGGACUGAACUUACUUGGGGGA